AUGAGGUACCAUCCUGUUCCCGGUGGCCCUCCGCCUCCGCCACCAUCAGACUACCCUCCCCCUCGUCCUCCUCCUAGCCCUCCACCACCUGGCUAUCAGGGUUACUUUUAUCCUCCCGCGCCAACCCCGAACGAGCCGCCGCCUUCUUCACCCGAAGACAAUGAUGGCCCUGGUUGCUGUUCAGUUCUGAGAGGCUGUUUGGCUGCAAUUUGUUGCUGCUGGAUACUGGACUUGCUGCCCUUAGGCCAUUAG